AACCAUAUACAUCAUAUAAUAUCUCAAUUGUUUUGAGUUCGAGACUAAGCGGAUACUGUUAAAUAAUUCAUUUUGAAAGCAUAACACGUUGUUGUAGUCGCGACGCGUCUUAUAAAGCAAAUAAUUUAAUCAAUUACAAGAUCUCUAUUUAUAAGCUGUCAAGGGUCUAAAAAUGGGUCUGACACGUUUGCUCGUUAAGGAUGGCGGCUUUGGCACCCAGAUGACGGUACAUGUGGGUAACUCCGUCGAUGGAGAUCCGUUGUGGAGUGCACGUUUCAACGCCACAAAUCCAACAGCUGUUAUAAAUACACAUCUGGACUUUCUCCAAAAUGGCGCUGAUAUGAUAUUGACAAACACAUAUCAGACGAGUGUCGAGGGUUACAUGGAAUAUCUGGAGCUGGAUGAGCAACAGAGCAUUAAUCUGAUAAAGAAAACGGUUCGCAUGGCGCAUGUUGCCAAGGAGAAAUAUCUGACGGAAUGUUUCGAGUCCCAGCUGGCGGUUAAUGAAGGUUACCCAUUGAUUAUUGCCUCGAUUGGACCAUUUGGUGCGCAUCUGCACGAUGGUUCUGAGUACACGGGCAGCUAUGCGGAUUAUGUUCCUGCGAAGACCAUAACCGACUGGCAUCGGGUGCGCAUUGAGGCCUGCCUUGAGGCAGGUGUGGAUGCACUGGCCAUUGAGACCAUACCCUGUCAAAUGGAAGCAGAGGCUUUGGUGGAAAUGCUCUGCGAUGAUUAUCCGCAAGUUAAAUUUUGGGUUGCCUUUCAAUGCAAGGAUGAGAGCACUCUUGCACAUGGCGAAGAGUUUGCCGAGGCAGCAACUGCAAUUUGGGAUAUCCUCCAUGAGCGUAAGGCACAGGAUAAAUGCCUGGCUGUAGGUGUUAACUGUGUGCAUCCCAAGUUUGUAACACCUCUGCUUAAAAGCCUAAAUGGAGAUCGCAGUGUCGAGGAUCAAAUCCCUUUGGUGGUUUACCCGAAUAGCGGUGAGGUCUAUGACGUAGCCAAUGGAUGGCAAGGACGUGAGCAUUGUGUUCCGCUCGCGAAAUAUGUCCCAGAGUGGGAACAGUUGGGAGCUAAAAUCAUUGGCGGAUGUUGCAGAACCUAUGCCCGCGAUAUUCGACACAUCUGCGAAGCGGUGCAUGCGCUAAACAAAAAAAACAAAGUGGCUUGAGAUGAACCUAGCGAGGCUAGGAUCUCAAUAGUGAACAAAAUGCAUUUUAUUAGAUAUGUAUAUGUGUAAAUUACAUUUUUAGGUUGUAAAUAAAAGCUAGACAAAAUA